GCCAAAUAGCCCAGAAACGCGAUUUUGCCUCAACAGAAUGAGAAGAAGCAUCUCCAAAAUCCCUUAUCGCCCUUCGAUUACCGCCGCUCUCUCCACCUCAUCAGGCGGCGGAGGUAGAGGCCGCGGCGCUCCUUCACAUUUCCAGUUCACCGUCGACACCCCACCCGAAGACGAAUCCAAAAAUUCCAACCGCGACGGCGCUUCUCCGCCACCGCACGGCCAUGGUCGCGGCAGAGGUAUUCCUCCUUCGUUCUCUUCCUUCGUCAACAAUGAAUCAAACCCCGCCGCAUUCGGCCGGGGCCGCGGCAUUGGUUUUGUUUCCCCAAAUUCCUUCUCGCCGCGGGGAGAAGAAUCUGCAAUUCAAUCGCCGCAACAACCUAAUCCCAAAAUGUCGUUCCUUUCAAAGUACGAAGAAGCAGAAUUGGAUUCCGCUGGAUCAGAAGCUCCUCCUGCCCCAAUCAAGUCGGUUCCAUCGAGUAUCUUCAAUGUUUUAGCGGGUGCUGGUCGGGGGAAGCCCGGCACACCCCCUGCGUCGCAACCGGAGAAGCCGAAAGCAGUGACUCAACAACCCCUUCCUUCGGAGCAGCGCCGGUCAUCUAAUGAGGGCGCUGCUCCAGUGCAGUUGAGUGAAGAGGAGAAGGUGAAAAAGGCGAUGGGAAUUUUUUCAAAAGGACACGUAGGUGGAGGGGGAACUGGCCCCGAAGUUAGAGCUGAAAGAUGGGGAGGAGGGAGAGGAAGUGGACGAGGAGGAGGAGGCCGGGGAAGAGGAAGAGGGAUGGCAAGAGGAAGAGGAGGAAGGGGAGGAUACGGUGGAAGAGGAAGCCGUGAUGAUAGAUACGAGGAUGCAGAAACCGAACCUGCUGAGUUUUUGGGGGAUCCUGCUGCUGAGGAGAAAGUGGCUAAGAGACUGGGGCCGGAGGUUAUGAGCAAACUGUCAGAAGAGUUUGAGGAAAUGUCGAGCAGAGUGUUGCCGUCUCCUAUGGACGAAGCUCUUCUGGAAGCAUACGAAACGAACUUAAUGAUUGAAUGUGAGUCGGAGUACUUCAUGGAAGAGUUUGGCACGAGCCCUGAUAUUGAUGAGAAAGCCCCUAUUCCUCUUCGUGAUGCACUUGAGAAGAUGAAGCCAUUCCUUAUGGCAUAUGAAGGGAUUCAGGGUCAAGAAGAGUGGGAGGAAAUUAUGGAAGAAACAAUGAAGAGGGUUCCUCUUAUGAAAUCAAUUGUAGACCAUUAUGCUGGUCCAGAUAGAGUGACUGCGAAGCAACAACUAGGAGAGCUUGAACGAGUGGCUGAAACUCUCCCAGCAGGCACACCUGCUUCUGUGAAACGUUUUACUGACCGUGCUGUUCUCUCGUUGCAGAGCAAUCCGGGAUGGGGAUUUGACAAGAAAUGCCAAUUCAUGGAUAAGCUGAUAAUGGAAGUUUCUCAACAGUACAAGUGAGCUUUGGAUCCUCGUAUAUAUUCUGGUUAAAAAGAAACUUGAUUCUUCCAAUGAUUGAAGAAGGGCUGCUACUCGGUUUUGUCCUUUUAAAGUUGAUCACAGAUCAAGGUUGUCGGAUUAUCUUUUUGGAUAUUCUUCGUGUAGGAGAUUUUGUCCUGAGCACGCUUGGAUUAGUUGGUACGUUUCAUUUCAUAAACAUAUGCCAAAUCCUACAUUUAUCGCAUAGCAUCAAAUUGGUCAGACAAAGGAUAUAUGAUAUGAACCUGAAGUUGGUGCUUAACAAAUUUAUUUGAGUUUUUUUUUCA